AUGACACUUUUCCUCGGCGCUGAGAAGCACGGGGGUGACGCCCGCGGGGACAGAUUUGUCAACAGAAGAUACAGGACCAAAUGGAUGCAUCAUCCUUUGCUGGUGAAUUCAUCAGUUACCUUGACCCCCGAGCCUAAGAUUACCUGUUACAAGGAGUCCAUAGGAUGUACUGCUACGUGUGCCCCGUCUAGACGAGAUUCCAAUAUUGCUGAAAAUUACUUUGUAAUCCUUAGCUCUAAGCUUGAGACCCCAGGAUUACACAUGAUCUACUCCCGGAUUGAGGUCAGCGGCUGGCAGGACUCUGGUACGCUGAAUGGCUUCGGAAUAAAGCAUAAGGCGCAGGGGAUGGACAACACCAACAACACCACUUCCAACAAGGACAUCAGCCUCCAACACCAACAACACCACUUCCAACAAGGACAUCACCUCCAACACAUCCAACAACACAAUUAUAUCAUCAACAUCACCUCCAACACAAACAACAACACAAUUACAUCCCCAACACCACAUCCAACACUAAAACCAACAUCACCUCCAACAUCACCUCACCUCCAACACCUUCGACAACACCAACAACACCACCUCCAGCAACACAAUUACAUCCUGAACACCAUAUCCAACACUUACAACACUACCUCCAACACCAACAUUCCCUCCAACAACAACAACACCUCCAACUCAUCCAACAACACAGUUACAUCACCAACACCACCUACAACACUACAUCAUCUCCAACAACAACAACAGCAACACCUCCAACAUCUCCAACAACACAAUUACAUCCCCAACACCAUCAUCACCUCCAACGCCAACAUCUCCUCCAACACCAACAUCACCUCCAACACCAACAUCACCUCCAAAACCAACAUCACCUCCAACACCAACAUCAUCUCCAACAUCAAUAUCACCUCCAACACCUCCAACACCCCCUCCAACACCUCCAACAACACAAUUGCAUCCCUUACACAACCUCCAACACCACCUCCAACAACACAAUUGCAUCAUCAACUCGAACACCUCAGACAACACCAACAACACCACUUCCAACAAGGACAUCACCUCCAACACCAACAACACCACUUCCAACAAGGACAUCACCUCCAACACAUCCAACAACACAAUUAUAUCAUCAACAUCACCUCCAACACAAACAACAACACAAUUACAUCCCCAACACCACAUCCAACACUAAAACCAACAUCACCUCCAACAUCACCUCACCUCCAACACCUUCGACAACACCAACAACACCACCUCCAGCAACACAAUUACAUCCUGAACACCAUAUCCAACACUUACAACACUACCUCCAACACCAACAUUCCCUCCAACAACAACAACACCUCCAACUCAUCCAACAACACAGUUACAUCACCAACACCACCUACAACACUACAUCAUCUCCAACAACAACAACAGCAACACCUCCAACAUCUCCAACAACACAAUUACAUCCCCAACACCAUCAUCACCUCCAACGCCAACAUCUCCUCCAACACCAACAUCACCUCCAACACCAACAUCACCUCCAAAACCAACAUCACCUCCAACACCAACAUCAUCUCCAACAUCAAUAUCACCUCCAACACCUCCAACACCCCCUCCAACACCUCCAACAACACAAUUGCAUCCCUUACACAACCUCCAACACCACCUCCAACAACACAAUUUAUUAGAAUUCCUUGCAUUACUAGUCUUAUUCGUGUGUCCUGCGUGCUGCACCAUAAGGAAGGCCCUGUUACACGAUGCAAGUAG